AGGUCACUGUCGGCAACCUCCCCUCCCCCCGCCUCACCCCUGUCCCCAAAGCAGACAGAGCUGACUAGCGGGGAGACAGAGUGAUGGAUGGAGGGUUAACGCUACACACACACACACACACACACACACACACACACAGCCUCCCCGUCAUCACCCUGAACCCUCCUUCUCCUCUUUCUACUCCCCCCUCUGACCCACCAACCAACCCUCACGCACUGCGAGUGUGAGCCAAAAGCAAAAGGGAUGAAGAAUGAAGAGAGAAAAGAAAGCGACAGUGAGCCCAGUUUAAGAGAGAGAGAAGGGACAGCUGAGCAGAGAAAAUGGAAAAAUAAAAGGAGUGACACAGACAAGAGAACAGAGGAGGAGGAGGAGGUAGGAUGGUAGGGGUGAUAGAUGUAGAGGGAGGGGAAGGAGGAGUGGAGGUGGGGGGGGGGGGUGAAUAGAGAGGAGGAGGAGUAGGAGGGAAGUGGAUAGAAAAGAGGUCACGUGACCACGUAGCAGCUGCAAGGCUGAGAGGGAGAGAGAAAGAGUCUCACAGAGGAGUAGAAAGACGACGAGCAAGACGAGAGCAGUGAGCGCGAGGGUAUGAACCAUGAGUCCAAUAAAUCGGCAUCAUUAGGAAUGAUCUCCACGGCAACUCGCACCACCGCUACUGUCAGUCCCCUCAGCCCACUAACCAAUGGGAACGCAGUUGCCCAAUCUGCAAACUCUGGAUUCGCUGCUGCUCUGCGCAAACUGGCCAAACAGGCCGAAGAUCCCAGAGGUUCUGCCGUCAGCGGGGAGUUGUCUCCAGUCUCUUCCCCGGCCACCAGCCACAGCUCGCCGGUCACCACCCCCAAGCGGGGCUCGUUAGGGCCCCACCUGGGCCAGGCCAGGGGCCACGGGGUCUCCAGCUCCGCUCCGGUGGUCACCAUUGCUCCCACCAAGACCAGCAACGGCCCGUGGAGGGCUGACGGGAGACAGGUGGAGCUGAGUGUUCAGCGGUUGGGGGCCGAGAACACCCAGACACAACAGGAUAAGAGGACUCCUCCGACCCCCUCUCGUCACCCCCUGGCUCACCCCUUUGGCCUCACCCCCAGCUCAGUCAUGCAGGACCCCAGAAUACAGAGCCUCAGUUUGCCGGGGCAGAUGCACCCCGUGGUGCCCUCGAGCGCUAUGCAGGAGGAGUACAUGAGAGCGCUGAGGCCGUUUGGCACCUCAGAUGACCUCCGGAUGACCUCUCUACCCAUGAGUUUGGAGCAAGCUGCUGCGGCCCACGCUGCAGCCGCUGCUGCUUACUAUCAUCCUGCCUACAUGCACCACCCGCUGUCCUUACCAAGGAUGGAGGAGUCCUUGUGUCUCUCUGCGCUACGGUCCCAGUUCUACUCUGUACCCGGAGGAGGCGCCUUCUCUCCUCUCCACCACUCUGCCCUCCACCUGCACAUGCCUGGAGGCCGCUACCCAGGAGAACUGAACCACACAGCGGCGCUGGCUGAAAGGCUGCAGAUGGAGAAUGAUCUCCGCCAGCGAGAGAGAGAGCAAGAGCGUGAACGAGAGAAAGAAAGGGAGCGUGAGGCCGGGCUGGAGCGGGAAAGGGAGAGAGAGAGAGAGAGAGAGAGGGAGGAGGAGCGGGAGAGAGAGCUGGACAGGCAGAAGGAGAGGCAGAGGGAGAGACAGCACCAGAUGGUCAGAGCAGCCGAAAACCACUACCUGGCUGAGCUGCAGGCUCGGAGGGCUCCACCGGAGGACAGGGCCAGGCCAGGGGAGAGGCUGACCCCCAACAGACUGGAAAAAAACAAGGACUCUGAGCACCCGUGUUUCCCAGCACACAAACCUCUGCCCCUGCAGCCGGGCCUUCAGCCCUCCAGGGGCUCCAUCCCACACCCGGUGCCCAGCCUGCUGCCUUCUAACUUGGGGAAGCAUCACGCUGCUUCUGGGGGGAUCCAUGGAGCUCUGGCAGCUGCCAUGAUGACUCAGAGGGCUAGUGAGGCGGCGUGGUUGACACGGCAACGAGGGCCAGGGAAUGAGAGAGACGGCCCGCUGGAGAUGGGCCUCAGGUCACCCGGGAAAGGGAUGGAGCUGAAAAGAGACAGUCACAGAACCCAUUCCGUCCAUCACAACUCCGGAAGCAAAGACUUAGCUCCUUGCCUCGGAGCUCCCCCUCCCCUCAUCUCCCCUAAAGGUCCCCACCCUCCUGCCCCUUUGACCACACUGUGGAACCCGGCCUCCUUCGUUGACACCCCCUCCGACUCCCGCAGAAAACUGAACCCUCCGACACCCCCAACCCGGCCGCCUCCAGGACUGACCAGAGCCGACAGGCCCGCGGGGAGCUGGGGGGAGAAGCAGGAAGAAGGAGGCAGAAGGAGGACGGACGUCACGGAGAGGUACGGCUCAACCAGGGGAGCUAGUUUACAAGAAGCAAGUUCCUGGAACAAGGCAGACCAGGACAGAGCCAUCCAGAGCCUCUAUCACCGCCAUCACAUCAACAACCUCCACCACAGAUCCACGGAGCCUCCGUCGGUUCCCCGCGCCGGCGCUGAACUGGUGGGGCGGUGUCGGGCCGCUUCUCCGCCUGCGGUAAGGGAGCGGCAGGGCAAGCGGCCCAGCAGCGAACUGGUGUACGACGAGGUUCUCCAGCAGCACCGUCGGCUGCUCAGCAAACUGGACCUGGAGGAGAAGAGGAGGAGGGAGGCCAGAGAGGGAGGUUAUUACUACGAACUGGACGAGUCGUACGAUGAGAGCGACGAGGAGGAGGUCAGAGCUCAUCUGAGGAGAGUGACAGCACAGCCCGCGCUCAAACUCGACACAUCCUCCGAGAAAGUGGAUUUUCUGGGCGCGUGUGGUCUGACCACGCUGGCCCAUCGCGACCAGCUUCUGGCGAGGAAAAGGCGAAAGAGGAGGAGGAUGAUGAGGGAGCGCAGCCCCUCUCCGCCGGCCGCGCGAAGCAGGAGGAAGACCUCGUCACCUUCAACAUCUGCAGCUCCCUUAACCACCCCGUACUCUGCAGAGCAGAUGGACUGCACCCCAGAACUGCAUGACAAAAAAGACUUCCUCCUUAUGUUGGACCUGUCCCAUGUCAGCCCACAGCAGAAGAGAGAUAAGGAAAGGACGGAGGGGCUGCUGAGGGCCAUUCAAAAGAAGACUGUGACAUUAGACACACUCCGAUAUAACCCUUUACCUCCGUGCAGCAGUCCUCCUGCUAACGUAGCUGGUGACUCCUCAUCGGCCUCUUUGCUGAGUCAAUCAAAUGGACAUCAGUACCCAGACUCUCCCAGCCCCUCCCCUCCCUUCCUACACAAAACCAAACAUCUCGCCCAUAAUGAUGCAUUCAAACCCUCCACGGACACCCACAUGACCCGCAAUCCACCACCUUUGAACCCCCAUCCCGAAAAGGCUGAAUUCACGGAGGCUCAGCCAAACAGGAAGCUCCCGGGCCUCCAGAACGGCGUCGCUUCCCCUCACAGAAAAGAAUCCAACCCGGUGCAGAAUGGACGGAAUCGGCCCUGGGAGAGGUUCACACCGGAGGCUUUUGCUCAGCACUUCCACCAGGCCGUGCUGCAGUCCACACACAACACACUGCAGAACAAAGGAGUGUCAAGCUGUGGCCCAGAGGCCGACCGCUCUUUGCCCCACAGCGUCUCUCAAAUGAAAAAUUCCACUCUUAGCCAUGCCCCUCAGCAUGGACAAAUCAACGGCUAUCACUUCCAUCCCCUGGUAGCCGGCAGGGACACUCCAGGACCACGCGAAAACCUGUCUGAUGAGGACGAGGAAGAGUCUGGUCAGGAGGAGGAAGGCGAUGAGGUGGAGAUGGAAGAAGCUCCAAGGAAGUGGCAGGGUAUUGAAGCGAUCUUUGAGGCCUACCACGAGUAUGUGGAUGAAUGGAGUAUAGAGAGGCAUGUUCUUCACAGUCAGUGUAAAAGACUUGAAGCACAGAAUUACAAUUUGACCAGAACUGCCGAGCAGCUCACUCUCACCAUGGGCGACCUGGUGAGUCAGAGACAGAAGGUGAGAGAGGAGAGGGAGAGACUUCAGGCCCAGCUCGAGCACUUCAGGAGGUGUUUGACACUACCUAACGUUCACUGGGGCAGGGGGCAAGUCAACGGCCACACGCCCAGGUGACCUCUGACACCAACAAACCAGUAACAAGACACACUGGAGCCAGAUCCCUCUGCACUUGAAGAGCUUGGGGAGCCAACCCUUGUGUUGUGUGGCCAUCGGUUUCCCGUCUGGUUCCACACUCCACUGAUCACCUGCCAGGUUUGCCGUGGUGUCCGUAAACCGCGGGGAUCAUGUGCUCCAGGCGUCUGUGUCUCUCUCUGUCUGCCCAUGGAUUGUUAUUGUUACUUUAGGGGUGAAACCGCGUCUUCUUCAAAACCCUUACCCGUCCCACUAGUCCCGAGCUUUAAGGAUAUUUUUGCAUAAACUGUAGGGAUUCACACUAAUGCGUCUCUUGGCACACAUCUGUAGCCUCUCUGGACAGCAAUAAGAAGAGAGUAAGUGUGCAGGGGUCACUUGGUCUUACUCAAAGACGGAAGAACGAGUCAAGGAAUCAACGCACACCUCAGGCCUUAAAGUUGCGGGGAUGCACUUCAGGUGGAAAUGGAGGAAACACUUGACCGUCCUCUGUGUGGUACAAUACUGUAGUGUCUAUUUAGCAUUGGAUCUGACAGUGGAAGCAGUGUGUGUGCGUGUAAAGCUUCCGCAGAGGAUAGAACAUCUAAAAUAUAUUAUCCAUAUAAUGGUAAAAUGGUAUCAAUGAAGUUUUUUGAGGUUUAAUAAAAAUUUCCAUUGGUAAUGUUACUUGUGAUAUACAAAGAAUUUUGUAUGUUUUAAUGUUUUAACCAUCUCUUGUGGGAAGCCAUAUGUUACGUUUGAACUGCUGCUGGUCAGAAUAAGAUAAUUGAAGGAUGUUAGGACAGUUGUUUUCAGAAAUGUGAUGUCAAAUGUUUGAGGCAUUGACCGAGAUGCACAGAGGAUGGAAGACUACAUGGCUGAGGGUUUGUCUCUAACUAUCAUGAUUAAUUGCUCAGAUGGUCAAACCUCGGUCUUUGCCCCUCCACAUGCCUAUAAAUGUUGAUAAAACUUGAAGAGAAUAAAAGUGAAAUCGUGAUAUUUUUAAGCAUAUCACAACAUUCUUAAUUAUUGAUUAUUAAUCACCCGAGCAAAACAAUACUUUUAGACAUAUUGUCCGACCACAUCAUUGUUUUCACCAUUCUACCGCGGAUUUCUUCUUAAAUUAUUCUGGAAAAACUUUUGUGAAGGAAACAGAAAAACCCCAAUUAUUAUUCAGUUAAUUUUCAGGGCUGUCAAAACUAAUAUACAAUACGUUGAUAUUGGUAUAUGAAAAUAAUUUAGAAUUGUUUGUGUGUGACAUAACAUCUGAAUGCUUAUAUCUCUCUAUGGGUGACAAAAAAUAAACCUCCUUUUCUCUUUUGAUGAGAUGCAUUUGGUCAAACCUGAUGCGAGAAAUGCUACAAAUCCAUAACUUCUGCCCCUUUUCCUCUGAAUGCUGAAGUACUGGGAGCUCAAACCAGUAGCUGUCAUCAGAUCACCUGACUUUCCUGCGUCACUUGUCCAGCUCCUUAAACUUGCUGUGAAAUCCUGCGUUUUAUUUUGAAUCAGUUUUUAUGUAAUGUAUUAUUUGGACUGUAAAAUUGUGAUUAAUUAUUUAUUAACAUAUAUUGCUGUACAUUCUGAUGGAAAUUUACAUUAAAAUAUUUGUAAAAUG